AUGCCACCCACCGGGCUCAAGGCGGUUGUCUGCGACAAGAUUAUGAACAAUGUCAUCAGGAAAGUCCGAGUCAAAGGAGAAUGGAAGGCGUUGGUGGUGGACAAGUUGAGCAUGAGAAUGAUCUCCUCAUGCUGCAAGAUGACGGACAUCAUGUCGGAGGGCAUCACAAUUGUUGAGGACAUCACUAAGAAGCGUGAGCCCUUGCCCAGCAUGGAGGCCAUUUAUCUCAUCACCCCCAGCGACGAGUCUGUAGAGGGUCUCAUCAAUGACUUCCGAGAUCCCCGCAACGUCAUGUACAGGGGGGCUCAUGUCUUCUUCACAGACGCUGUCCCAGACACGCAGUUCGGCCUGCUGACCAAAUCUCGGGCCUCCAAAGUCAUGAAGACCUUGACUGAGAUUAAUAUCGCCUUCCUGCCCUACGAGUCGCAGGUGUUCUCUGUGGACAGACCCGAUGCCUUCCAGGACUUCUACAGCCCCUUCAAGGUGGACGUGAAGACCCAGAUGCUGGAGCGGCUGGCCGAGCAGCUGGCUACCGUGUGCUCCACACUCAAGGAGUACCCCGCCGUCAGAUACCGAGUGGAGCACAAAGACAACGCCGUUCUGGCUCAACUUCUGCAGGACAAGCUGGACGCCUUCAAGGCAGAUGACCCCACCAUGGGAGAGGGUCCCGAUAAGGCUCGCUCUCAGCUGUUGAUCCUGGACAGAGGCUUUGAUCCCGUAACUCCUGUCCUGCACGAGCUCACCUUCCAGGCCAUGAGCUACGACCUGGUCAACAUUGAGAACGAUGUUUACUCGUUUGAGACCAGCGGAAUGGGAGAGACGCGUAUGAAAGAGGUCAUUUUGGAUGAGGAUGAUGACCUUUGGAUGACUUUGCGUCACAAGCACAUUGCAGAAGUGUCCACGGCAGUGACAAAAUCUCUGAAGGACUUCACAUCGAGCAAAAAGAUGAACACUGGAGAGAAGACCACACUAAAGGAGCUGUCGCAGAUGUUGAAGAAAAUGCCACAGCAUCAGAAGGAGCUGAGCAAGUACUCCACUCACCUGCACCUGGCCGAGGACUGCAUGAAUAAGUACCAGGGCGCUGUGGACAAGCUCUGUCGUGUGGAACAGGACCUGGCGAUGGGUGCUGAUGCAGAAGGGGAGAAGGUCAAGGACCCCAUGCGUGCCAUCGUGCCCGUCCUGCUCGAUGCCAACGUCUCUGUCUACGACAAGAUCCGCAUCAUCCUCCUCUACAUCUUUCUGAAGAAUGGCGUCUCUGAGGAGAAUCUUUGUAAACUCCUCCAGCAUGCCAACAUCCCUCCAGAGGACAGUGACAUCAUCUCCAACAUGGCACACAUGGGACUGCCCAUCAUCACAGAGGUAGCGCCAAAGAAGACAAAGAAGCCGGAUCGCAAGGAGAGGAUCAGCGAGCAGACAUACCAGCUCUCACGGUGGACCCCACUCGUCAAAGACCUCAUGGAGGAUGCCGUUGAAGACAAACUGGACCCAAAACUGUACCCAUACAUCUCCACUCGGACCGCCUCUUCCAAAACCACCACAGCUACAAGUGCCCGCUAUGGCAACUGGCACAAGAACAAGGGUCCGGGCGAGGUGCGCACUGGCCCCCGCGUCAUCGUCUUCAUCAUCGGCGGCAUGUCGUACAGCGAGAUGCGCUGCGUCUACGAGGUCACACAAGCCAACGGGAAGUGGGAGGCUCUCGUUGGUUCCACCCACAUAGUCACUCCGGUGAAAUACCUAACGGCCCUGAAGCACCAGGACUUCCUGGACCCCAACGCCGCCGCAGAGGACCAGAUCACCCCAGAGGCCGAGGAGAACUGA